AUGCUAAUCUUCCUCUUCCCUUCGCUUUUAUUCUUGUUAGCAGUCUCUUCGCUCAAGUAUCCGAACGAAAUCGUUGACACUCCGAUCGUGAUUUGCGAGUCCGACAGGAUUAUAAUCAAGGUGAGAUUGGAAUGGAAUCCCUUCUAAGUUUCAGUCGCUUCCAGAUCAAAACUUCCAUUUCGAACCCCUCGCAUAUCUACGUGGAUGGAAGGGAGAAUGAUUUGGAAUGUGUGUCGAGGAAUCAGAAUAAAAUAGAAGUGGCGCAUGAUAAAUGUGGAAUGGUUAACGAGAAAACGGUCAGUUUUCCUGCUUUACCAAGAGGGUCUGAAUGAUUUCUGAUCCAGGACCAGCCAAGUGGAUCCAUCCGUCGACUGUGCAUCUUCGUUCAGCUCCAUCCUCUCUUUGUGACUGAGGCCGAUCGUAGCUACUGUGCUCAAUGCAUCUAUAUGGAUUCGCAUGUGAUGAAGAACAUCGAGUCCACACUGGACAUCAGGUCAGUUCUUCUUCGCUUUCCUGCCCAUCUCUACUUUUCAGUGAAGCUCCGCCUCUCCAGCUCUCCCCUCAAUUCGAUGCGCCCGUGAUGCCAAAGUGCAACUAUUCCAUUCGAAAACAGGGAAAAGACGGACCGCCCGUGCAGUACGCAUCUAUCGGAGACAGCGUAUUUCAUGUGUGGAGCUGCGACGGAGAGCACAACGGAAUUCUCGUGCAGAACUGCCAUGUGGAGGACGGCCAGGGCAAUAAGAUAUUGAUAAUUGAUCAGAACGGGUGCGGCAUCGACCACUACGUCAUGGAUACUCCCGUCUACAACGGACAGCAGUCGGUGGCGUUUCAGGAGACGCAUGUGUUCAAGUUUGCGCAGAGAACGGUCACCCGAUUCAUUUGUCAGAUCAGGAUUUGCAUGAAGGGCGAGGAUUGCAAGAGACUAUCUGUAAGUGGAGAGCACGAGGAAAUCAGUUCAAUCGGACACUUUCAGCCGCCGGAAGCCUGCCCGACCCUGGAGGAGAGGUUCAACGAAGAGCCGGAGAAAGGAAAAGUGUUCGCGUACGGAGCCGUACGAAUCUGAAAAGAAGGCACGUUUUUACAGAGACUCUCCGUCGGAAAUCCGUCCGCCUGCGUCGAUGCCUUCCGAUCUGACCGGCCCCGACGAUGACACUUCGUUGGAAUUCGUGAGACGAGCACCGACGAAAGGAAGUAUUUAUUACGGUGUCGGGUGAGCUCUCUGAGCAAUCUUCAUGACUUCUGAACUGUUCUCCAGCUACAAUCCGAAACGUCACCGCCGUGAAGUGCUCAUUAACACGGCGCCACGAGCUCAGAAGCAGUUUGUGAUGAGAAAUGGAUAUCCGGAGAUGGAAAUGGUCGGAGAAUUGCGUGUGUUCGAGACCCCGCAGGACGUGGAAUACUUCGGUAAGAACUGGGAAAGUUCCAGACGCCGGCAUGCGGUGCUUUCAGAAUCGAAAUCCUCGUCCUCCGGGCCUUCGUCCGUCUGCGAAUCGCCCUCUUCCUCCCUGUUCUUCAGCCUUCUCGUCACUGCUCUCGUCGUCCUCUCCAUCCUUCUCAUCUCUGUUUUCCUUCUCGUCUCCUCUCGAAUCCGUUCCAGCAAGAACAAUUCGAUCCACUUUGCCCAGUGA